UGUAUUAUUAAUAGUUCUAUGAAAGUGUAUUAGUAAUUGUGCUGAAGAUGAAUGUCACUUUCUCCCUCCUCUCCCUCUUUCACCUCUUUUCUACCUACCUAACCCUUUCUCUUGGUCACUCUGUCUCGCUCUUCCUCCCUUCUCCGUCUCCAUACAGUAUGGAGAAAGGUCAGCAGUAUGGUGGUCAGAAUGGACCCCCCCAGGGCAUGCCCAGUCCCCCCUACCCAGGCCCUUCGAUGGGUUAUGGCAUGCAGGGAGGUGCUCCCCAACCCAGCAUGAACCAACCAACUCCACAGUACAUCAUAUCACAACCUGCAAACCCUCCUGUAACUCAGGUGGUGGUGGUACAGCAGCAGCUGCCCAGAAACGUGUCAGGACAGAUGAAAUGUCCCCACUGUCAGAUUGAUGUCGUCACGGAGACGACACACACGCCUGGAAUGCUCGCCUGGAUCAUCUGUGCAACGCUUGGAGUCCUCCUAAUCUGGCCCUGCUGUUUGAUUCCGUUCUGUGUCAGCUCCUGUCAGGAUGUAAAACACCACUGCCCCAACUGCAAGAGAGUGAUCCACAUCCACAAGAGCUAGUGUCCAGGCCUAGACCAAUCACUGGGCACAGUGACGCAUGUGACCAGGCCUAGACCAAUCACUGGGCACAGGGAUCCACAUCCACAAACCCAUGUAACCAAGCCUAGACCAAUCACUGGGCACAAAGUGAUCCACAUUUGCAAAAUCAUACGACCAGACCUACACAAGAUUCCUGCCACUAAGAACAGAUUUUAUUUAGCUGAUUUAUUUUAGGUGAUGGUGAACUAAUGAGACAUAUUCGUAAAUAAUAUUUUUCAUGAAUCUGUGGAUAUUCAGUACCAGUCAAGGGCUUGGUCACACUUGAAUGGGAUAAUAUCCAAACUUUUGAUUGGUACUGUAUAUAAUGGAUGUAUCUAUGGAUAUGCAUUGAAUCAUUAAUUGUAAGAUAAUUCUAGAAGAAGUAUGUUUAAAAUGUUAUGUUGUCAUCUAUGAAGUGUUUUUGCAGUGUUCAAAUGGUUGACUAAAUGAACAGAAAAUACUGUCAAAUACCGGAGCCUAUGACCAUCCAGCGUGCGUGCCAGCGAAGAUGUCUUGUUUAAGCGAGCAGUGAGCACCUGCUGUGAAGUUGUCGCAACAAGGCAUGGCUAUUAUCGCAAAUUGGACAUAACUCGUUUUUCUGUAAAACACAGGGCAAAACAAAUGUUUGAGGGUUAUUUAAAAUGUAAAAAUAAAACUG